AUGGAGCAACAACAAGCAGUGUUUCCUUCUUCCAACGGAACUUGUACUUACGACGUUUUCCUCAGUUUCCGAGGAGAAGAUACUCGCUAUGGUUUCACCGGUCAUCUCUACCGUGCUUUACACCUAAAAGGAAUCAAAACUUUCAUGGACGAUGAAGUCAUUAAGAGAGGACAACAGAUUUCACCCACCAUUUUCAAAGCAAUUCGAGACUCUAGAAUAGCCAUAGUUGUUUUCUCUGAAACCUAUGCAUCCUCAAAAUGGUGCCUUCGAGAACUUGUCAAAAUCAUUGCGUGUUACAAAGACAAGGAACUCACGGUGAUUCCCUUGUUUUACAAAGUGGAUCCAUCAGAGGUUCGAAAUCAUACGGGGAAUUAUGGACAACAAUUGGCUAUGCAUGAGGAGAAAAUGAAGGAGGAAGUGCCAAGUUGGAGGUUGGCUUUACGUGAAGCUUCUAAUCUGGCUGGAUGGACUUUUAGAGAUGGAUAUGAGUAUGAAUAUGAGUUUAUCAAAAGGAUCGCUGACACGGUGCACAACACAUCAAAACAAAACCUUUCACAUGUUGAUGAUCUUGCAGUUGGACUUGAGAUGCGCGUGUCUAAUAUACUAUACCGUUUACAAAUGCUUGAUCCCACUGUUAUCAUGAUAGGAAUAUGUGGGGUCGGUGGAAUAGGAAAAACUACUUUGGCAAGGGCGGUGUACGAUUCCAUUGGCCAACAAUUUGAGGGUCUUUGCUUCCUCCAUGAUGUUAGAGUAAAUUCAACCAAAUAUGGAUUGACAUAUCUACAACAGGUAAUUCUUUCUGAUACGGAUGGCGAGAGUAUCAAGCUGCGUAAUGAGAAUGAAGGAAUUUCAAUCCUGAUCAAGAAGUUGCAAAAUAAAAGGAUUCUUUUGAUACUUGAUGAUGUUGACAAAUUGGAUCAAUUGAAGAAUUUAGCAGGAACACCUAGUUGGUUUGGUUGUGGAAGUAGGAUUAUCAUAACUACUAGGCAUAAAGAUAUUCUAGCUGCUCAUGGAGUUGGAAAUAUAUAUGAUGUACCUGUGUUUAGUUAUCAUGAAGCUCUUGUACUUUUAAGUUCCAUUGCAUCAAAAAUACCUAAUCUUGAUGUAGUAUGGGAUCGCGCAAUCAGAUAUUCCCAUGGUCUUCCUUUGGUCUUAAAGAUUAUUGGUUCUGAUUUAUCAGAAAAAUCACCAAAUGAAUGGGAGAUUUCAUUAGGCAGAUAUGAAAAAAUCUGCAAUGAAGAAACUCGAAGUAUACUUGAAGUGAGUUGUAAUAGUUUGAACGAACAAGAGAAGAGAAUUUUUACCGACAUUGCAUGUUUCUUUGUUGGAGAAGCAUUUUCAUAUGUCAAAGAAGUAUUAUCUGCUUGUGGUUUCUUUACAAAACAUGGUAUUGACAGACUUAAGGAUAGAUCCCUUAUAUCAAUCACUCCCAGUGGAAGUUUGAUGGUGCAUGAUCAUAUAAUAGACAUGGCUAUGAAUAUAGUACAACAAGAAUCACCCACAAAUCCUUGCAAGCGAAGUAGGGUAUGGCUACCUCAGGAUGUUCUUCGAGUUUUAGACGAAACUGCGGAAAAUGAUAAAAUCGAAGUCAUGAUAUUGGACAACUUACCGCAAGGAAGUGUAGAGAAUUUAAAUGACAAAGCCUUCAAAGAGAUGAAAAGCCUGAGAAUACUAAUUAUUAAGGACGCAGUAUAUUCCGAAGUCCUCCAACAUCUCCCUAAUAGCUUAAGAGUUCUGGAUUGGAGUGGAUAUCCUUCAUGCUGUUUGCCACCUGAUUUUGUCAAUUUACCUUCUAGUUGUCUCAUUUUCAACAAAUUCAAGAAUAUGAAGUGUUUGAUUAGUCUUGAUUUCACUGACUGUAUAUAUAUAACAGAAGUACCUGAUAUGUCUGGUAUCCCAAACCUAAGGGCAUUGUAUCUUGAUAAUUGUAUAAAUGUUACAAAAAUUCAUGAUUCUGUUGGAUUUCUUGAUAACCUUAAAGAGCUGACAGCCACAGGAUGCACUAAUCUCGAAACAAUCCCUGGUUCAUUCGAGUUGGCAUCUCUUGAAGUUCUCUCUUUCUCCGAGUGCCCGAGACUUGUGAGGUUCCCAGAAAUAUUGUGCAAGAUCGAAAAUUUGCUACACAUCAACUUGUGGCAAACUGGCAUAGAGGAAUUACCAUUCUCUAUUGGAAAUGUGACAGGACUUGAAGUUUUAACUCUGAUGGAUUGUACUAGGCUUGAUAAGCUACCUAGUAGCAUUUUUACACUACCAAGACUUGAAGAAAUUCAAGCUGACUCAUGUAAAGGGUUUGGCAUUUCUACUGAAUGUGAAGAUAAUAAUGGACCGAUGAAAUUCACUGUGUCUCCAAACAAGAUUCAUCUGUAUUUGAGCUCUUGCAAUUUAACAAAUGAACAUCUUUUUAUCUGCCUCCUUGGUUUCGCCAACGUUGUACACUUGGACCUAUCUUACAGUAAUUUCACUGUCCUUCCACCAUGCAUUAAAGAAUGUAUCAACUUGAACACUCUUCUGUUAACAAACUGCAAUCUGCUUCAAGAAAUCUCAGAAAUUCCACCAAAGUUGAGAAAUAUAGAUGCAUUGAACUGCACAUCACUGACAUCACAGUCACAAAGUUUACUAGUAAGCCAAGCAUUUCAUGAAACUGGAGAAAAAACUGUAAUGCUUCCAGGAUCAAGUAUACCAGAAUGGUUUGAUCAUCGCAGCAGUGAAAGAUCCAUUUCCUUUUAUGCUCGUGAGAGAUUCCCUAUUAUUUGUGUGUGUGUUGUUUUUGGAGUGUUGGAAAAACUGCCUCAUCAUUUUCUAGUUAACGUCUGUUUAAUGAUCAACGGCCAUAAAACAAUACUAUCACAAUGUUCUAGUUGGUCAAUUGUAAAGGAACAUGUGUGGAUGUUUGAUCUAAGAGAUUUUAUUGGCAGUAGAAAAACAUGGUUGAAACGUGGUUGGAAUCAUGUGGAAAUUUCAUGCGAGGAUUGUCAAGAUGAGCAUUUGAUGGCACAAGCUGUUCAUGGACUUAGAAGAAUGACAAUUGUAAAAUGGUAUGGAAUUCAUGUGUAUAGACAAGAAAACAACACAUUGGAGAAUAUCUUAUUCACAAGUGCCAACACUCCUCAACAAGAAAAUAAUAUUAAUGAUGAAACAUUUAAUGGAGACAAUCACCCUUUGUCUAAACGGCAGUGUAGAUGA